AUUCCGUCCAGUCACGUGCAUGUCAGGAAUGUUGUUUUGUUUUCGCCACAUGGUCAGAAAUAAAUACUAGAACUAUCAGAAUCAGACUGUACACACUGUCGGUCGCUGGGACUCGCUGAACGGGCUGUGAUUUAAAUUGUUAGAACUCACAAUAGCAUACACUGACACAGACAAGGUGUAGUCUUGGGACCAGGCUUAAACUACAUAUCAUCAGCAAUGCCAGAAUCCAGAUCUGCCGAAUCGGUUCUAAUGAUGGAGACUGACCAAUCAGAUUCCGAGUUUAACCUUCCGUCCUGGUCAAAGGGAGCUUACUUGACCUGUAGUGAAGAGGAAAUGCUUACGACGUCACUUCCUGUUUACGAUCCUGCUAAAUUUGCACGUGCUGGAAGUCCGUUACUCGUCCUUACAGACUUUCCACUAUUGUGUAAUCAAGACGAAAUUGAUGAGGAAGCUGUGCAGACGUUACCCACCAGACACACGAGAGACUGCCGGACACACAGGACACUGUUGAUGCUUGUGUCGUUUCUUGGGAUCGCGAUGUUGGUUAUUGGUUUCCUAUCAUACGUCCAUGUAUGAAGUGAUGCUUAGUGGUUAAUACAUAUGUACAUUAAACAUUGGCGGGAACAACAAUGACGACAUUAUGCAUUAGUGUGAAUGAUGAUGAAUGUUUCCUUAACUUGCAAUGUGUCCUGCCAUUAUUUCGUAUAUUAAGCGAUGCGAAUAGUUCAUAUAUGUUUUUUCCUUAACUUGCAAUGUGUUCUACCAUUCUUUCGUAUAUGAAGAGAUGUUUGGUUGUUCAUAUGCGUUUAAGAUUUACAAUAACUAAAUUUUGAGUGUGGUUGAUACGAAUAACGUUAUCGACUGUUAUUUUGCAUGUUAAAGGGACAUUCCUGAGUUUGCUGCAUUGUAAGAUAUUUCCGACUAAUAAAAUAUUUCUACGAUUAAACUUA